AUCGGUGCGUCUCCUCGGAAGGAGCUUACAUUUGGCUACAAUGCGAUUCGUAGACAUUAUCAAAGAGUAUUUAUUCAAUACGACGAUUCACGGUGUUCGGUUCAUUGCCGAUGGCACUUAUCACGUGUCGGAAAGAAUAUUUUGGAGUAUUUGUGUCGUAGUCUCCUGGUUUGGUUCCGCUUUGCUCAUCAUUGCCACGUUGGAAGCCUUCCGAACCAGUGCGAUAUCGUUCGUGGUCGAAACGAAUUACCUGGACUGGAACACCAGAUUUCCAUCGAUUGUGGUGUGUGAGAUGCGGAACAUGGAACGCAUUCAAAUGGUGGCCGAUGAAUUAUGGGGUGAAGACCAUGAUUUUGCAAUGGAGGAAAUUCUGAAUGAAAUCGGUUACUUCCGAGGAGAAUCCUACCACACGGUUAGCGAAUGCACCGGAGAUGAGAAACCGGAGAGCUGCUUCAGUAGUAAUUUUUCGGACUAUGCUCGGUUAGUUCGAAGCCCUUGCGAAAACACAUUGGCUGACUGUUUUUGGAACGAUCAACCGUUCGAUUGUUGUAAAUAUUUUCAACCAAUGGAAACGGAAAUUGGACUGUGUUAUGCAGUGAAUUCGAUUCAAUCGAGUGCCGACAAUCCUCUGAAGAUCGACAUGACAUCGAACAAAACCACUGGAUUGGGUCGGUUAAGGGUUACGAUAUUAACUGAAGCGUAUGUGUUCACCUUGGGAGAAGAGGAUGUUCCCAACUUGAUCACACCCAAGUCUGAAGUUGUGAUCGUCGAUUAUUACAUUGCCUACAGACGUCAAAUAUCGAUCAAAUACAUUGAAAACGACCCAGAAACAAAGCAGGUCAGUGUAGAACAACGCAAAUGUCGUUAUCCGGACGAGAACAAUUUGGAUGUCCACGCCUACUACAGUUACAGUGCCUGCUCAGUGCAGUGUCGAAAAGACAAGCAGUUAAAAACCUGCAAUUGCACCAAUCAUCUAAUGCCGAACACUGAUCCCGCACUGAAGUGCAACAUGACCGGUUUGGUUUGCUUGAAUGCGCAUUACGAGGACUUGACGGUUGUGAUUCCACGCUGGUCUACCGGGAAGGGCGUCGUCUGUGACUGUUUGCCUUCCUGCUCCGAGGUGGACAUCAGCGUGGUGCACGACUCGCGUGAAAGUCUCUUUACUUCGGAAAAGCGUUACUCCACCAUCGAUAUCGGUCUAGCGGCCCUCCCGACCGAGCGCUACAAGCGGAAUGUAGUCCGCGGUCGGCUCGAUCUCGUUGUCUCCAUAGGUGGCACCACCGGUCUGUUCGUGGGCGCGAGUUUGCUUUCAUUUGUCGAGAUAGUCUAUUACUUUACGAUUCGUCCCUACGGAACGGCCGUUUCAAGAAAAAAUCGCCUUCAAACUCGGCAAGAGAAUCAGUAAUAGAUCUACAGUCACCUUGCCACGCUGGGUUGGCGCACCAGA